AUGAGGGCGACCGAGUCUGCGGAGGGGAGGCGGGACAGCAACGCUUCAGUCGCGCGGGAGUCGCGGCGUGGGGCGAGCGUGAUGAAAGGGCCUGGUGUCGCGGUGCGGGCUCCACCGGGGACAAAGUAUCUUAUUUACGGCCUCACGGUCCUCUCGGGGGGCGCCCCUCCUGCCCAUUCGCGUGCCUCGGCAAAGCGUGGCGUUUACAUGUCCAGCCUCGACGCCGACGAGGAGGCGGCGGAGGGGACAUCAGGAGCCCCCGCAUCUACAGCCAUUGGGGUUAGCGGCGGUGUGCCAAGUGUGCGGGAGCACCACCGCAUGAUGGACAUGUUAGCGGCAAUGCCGUUGGGCGAUUCCCCGGAGGAGCGGUCGACUGUGCGGGGCUACACUUGGGGAGGCACAGUGCCGACGCACGUGCGGCCAUAUGUGUGGCGUUUAUUGUGCGGCUACAUACCGUGUAGCCCCACCUCCUUCUCGCGGCAGCAGGCGGAACUGCGGCGCAAGCGCCAGGAAUAUGACAACUUCGUCGCCAAGUAUUACAAAAUCACAAUCACCGACUUUAUUCAGCCGAGCACGCUGCGCGAGACGGAACUACGCCGAGGAAUGCAAAGCGUUGGUGCAGGCACCGCACGCGUUGGUAACUCCGCGGAAACGAUGCCCGUGACAACGGCGACGAGUGCAUCGGCAAUGGCGAUGGCCGUUCCCCCAGACGAUCGUGCCAUUCUUUCACAGAUUGCAUUGGAUCUUCCACGACACGCGUAUGCCCUUUUUCACCUCUCCCACACCGCCUCCGCCUUAGCUCGAUGCCUGUUUCUGUGGUCGCGACGAUACCCAGCGGUGGGGUAUGUGCAGGGCAUCGAUGACAUUAUGGUUGUCUUCUUCUUUGUCUUCCUCGAGGGCGCCUUCGCGGAGCGCAACAUGCGUUCCCGGCAGCAACUGCGAGAGAAUCAUGCAGAGGCUGGGGACGGUGACGUGCAACAAGCCCCGGAGCAUGCAUGGAUUCCCGCGAGUGUUGUAUACUCGAGUGACGUACAUGAAUUGGGCGCAGCCAUGGAGGAACUGCCUGCUGAUCUUUUUAAAGCGGCGGAGGCUGAUACAUAUUUUUGCGGUGGCUUUUUUCUUUCUUGGCUGCAAGAUAACUUCGUGCAUGGGCAGCCUGGCAUUAUGCGCAGUAUGAGGCUCAUGGAGGCGCUCCUGCGGAAGGUGGACUUCGCCCUGCUGGACUCCAUCCUAUCACACGGCAUUCGACUGAUGGAUUGCUGCUUCCAAUGGGUACACUGCCUGCUCGCGCGGGAGUUGCCGCUGGAAUUAUUGGUGCCUCUCUGGGAGAAGUACAUGGCGAUCGGGAGUAGCGAGAUGGUGCUUGAUUUCCACAGCUACGUCUGCGUGGCACUCAUGAUGCAACUGCGGCAGAAGUUGCUUGAAAAACCGCUAGACGUUAUCCUUCAGCUGCUGAAGGACCCGUUGGAAAGACGAGCACAGCCGCCGCCGCCGCCGCCAGGGCCCGGAGCCGACGGCGCGCACAACCACGCUUGGCUGGAGGCUCUCAUUUCAACGGCGUCGCAACUCUUCCGCGACUACCCGGCAUACUCGCUGUCGUGA